CGCCCAAUGGCUCGAGGGGACGCGCGGGCACAGCCCCAGGGGGCUGCCCCCAGCCGCCGGUGAGCCCCUUCGCCCCCCGCGAGCAUGUCACCUCCAGCCGCAGCGGUAGCCUCUGCCAGCAGUGCCCGCGUCCCCGCCUCCCGCAGCCGCAGCCUCGGGCAUUGGCCCCCGGACCCCUGCCCCUGAUCCACGCCCGGACCCCCGCGCCAGAGGACCAUGGCAGGCCAAGGGGACUGCUGUGUCAAGGUGGCCGUCAGGAUCCGGCCCCAGCUUUCAAAGGAGAAGAUUGAGGGCUGUCAUAUCUGCACGUCCGUCACCCCGGGGGAGCCCCAGGUCCUGCUGGGGAAGGACAAGGCCUUCACCUACGACUUCGUCUUCGAUUUGGAUACCUGGCAGGAACAGAUCUAUUCAACCUGUGUAAACAAGCUCAUUGAGGGCUGCUUCGAGGGCUACAAUGCCACAGUGUUGGCCUACGGGCAGACGGGGGCCGGGAAGACGUACACUAUGGGCACUGGCUUUGACAUGGCGACGUCGGAGGACGAGCAGGGCAUCAUCCCGAGGGCCAUCUCACACCUCUUCACGGGCAUCGCCGAGCGCAAGCGGCGGGCACAGGAGCAAGGCGUGGCUGGGCCUGAGUUCAAAGUCAGCGCUCAGUUCCUAGAGCUCUACAAUGAGGAGAUCCUUGACCUGUUUGAUAGCACCCGCGACCCUGAUGCCCGCCACCGCAGGUCCAACAUCAAGAUCCAUGAGGACGCCAAUGGCGGCAUCUAUACCACAGGUGUCACUUCUCGCCUCAUCAGCUCCCAGGAGGAGCUGAUCCAGUGCCUGAAGCAGGGAGCGCUGUCACGCACCACAGCCAGCACCCAGAUGAACGUGCAAAGCUCCCGCUCCCACGCCAUCUUCACCAUCCACCUGUGCCAGAUGCGUGUGUGCGCCCAGCCCAAUCUGGUGAACGAGGCAGUUGCUGGGCUUCCUGAGGGCACGACUCCUGCCAGCGAGUACGAGACCCUCACUGCUAAGUUUCACUUUGUGGACCUGGCUGGCUCCGAGCGGCUGAAGCGGACAGGGGCCACCGGCGAGCGGGCCAAGGAAGGCAUCUCCAUCAAUUGCGGCCUGCUGGCCCUGGGCAACGUGAUCAGCGCCUUGGGGGACCAGAGCAAGAAGGUGGUGCACGUGCCCUACAGGGACUCCAAGCUCACUCGGCUCCUCCAGGACUCACUAGGGGGCAACAGCCAGACCAUCAUGAUCGCCUGCGUGAGCCCCUCAGACAGGGACUUUAUGGAGACGCUCAACACGCUCAAAUACGCCAACCGGGCCCGCAACAUCAAGAACAAGGUGGUGGUGAACCAGGACAAGACCAGCCAACAGAUUAGCGCGCUGCGGGCUGAGAUCGCUCGCUUGCAGAUGGAACUGAUGGAGUACAAGGCGGGCAAGCGGGUCAUCGGGGAGGACGGCACUGAGGGCUAUAGCGACCUGUUCCGGGAGAAUGCCAUGCUGCAGAAGGAGAACGGGGCACUGCGGCUGCGGGUGAAGGCCAUGCAGGAAGCCAUCGAUGCCAUCAACAACCGUGUCACCCAGCUCAUGAGCCAGGAAGCCAACCUGCUCCUGGCCAAGGCCGGUGAUGGCAACGAGGCCAUUGGAACUCUGAUCCAGAACUACAUCCGGGAGAUUGAGGAGCUGCGGACAAAGCUCCUGGAGAGUGAGGCCAUGAAUGAGUCCCUCCGCCGCAACCUUUCACGGGCCUCUGCUCGCAGUCCCUACUCCCUGGGCUCAUCGCCAGCUGCCCCGAGCUUCGGGGGCAGCCCGGCCAGCUCCAUGGAGGAUGCCACUGAGGUGAUCCGCAAGGCCAAGCAGGACCUGGAGCGCCUAAAGAAGAAGGAGAGCAGACAGCGGAGAAAGAGCCCAGAGAAGGACGCCUUCAAAAAGAGGGCAAAACUCCAACAGGAAAACAGCGAGGAGACCGAUGAGAAUGAGGCUGAGGAGGAGGAGGAAGAGCGGGAUGAAAGCGGCUGUGAGGAGGAGGAAGGACGCGAGGAUGAAGAUGAGGACUCGGGCAGCGAGGAGAGCCUGGUGGACUCAGACUCGGACCCUGAGGAGAAGGAGGUGAACUUCCAGGCGGACCUGGCUGACCUGACAUGUGAGAUCGAGAUUAAGCAGAAGCUGAUCGAUGAGCUGGAGAAUAGCCAGCGGAGGCUGCAGACACUCAAGCACCAGUAUGAGGAAAAGCUGAUCCUGCUGCAGAACAAGAUCCGUGACACGCAGCUGGAGCGCGACCGUGUGCUGCAGAACCUCAGCACCAUGGAGUGCUACACAGAGGAGAAGGCCAACAAGAUCAAGGCGGACUAUGAGAAGAAGCUGCGGGAGAUGAACCGUGACCUGCAGAAGCUGCAGGCUGCACAGAAGGAGCAUGCCCGGCUGCUCAAGAACCAGUCACGCUAUGAGAGGGAGCUGAAGAAGCUGCAGGCUGAGGUGGCUGAGAUGAAGAAGGCCAAGGUGGCCCUGAUGAAGCAGAUGCGCGAGGAGCAGCAGCGGCGGCGACUGGUGGAGACCAAGAGGAACAGGGAGAUUGCUCAGCUCAAGAAGGAGCAGCGGCGGCAGGAGUUUCAGAUCCGGGCUCUGGAAUCCCAGAAGCGGCAGCAGGAAAUAGUCCUCAGGAGGAAGACCCAGGAGGUUUCUGCACUGAGGCGUCUGGCCAAGCCCAUGUCUGAGCGAGUGGCCGGGCGUGCAGGACUGAAGCCACCCAUGCCGGACUCAGGAGCGGAGGUGUCGGCCAGCACCACCUCGUCGGAGGCCGAGUCAGGGGCCCGCUCCGUCUCCAGCAUCGUGCGCCAAUGGAACCGCAAGAUCAACCACUUCUUGGGGGACCACCCUGUGCCCACUGUAAAUGGCACCCGCCCUGCCAGAAAGAAGUUCCAGAAGAAGGGGGCCAGCCAGAGCUUCAGCAAGGCUGCGAGACUCAAGUGGCAGUCCCUGGAACGGCGAAUCAUAGACAUCGUCAUGCAGAGGAUGACCAUUGUCAACCUCGAGGCCGACAUGGAGCGGCUCAUCAAGAAAAGGGAGGAGCUUUUCCUCCUGCAGGAAGCCUUGCGGAGGAAGCGGGAACGGCUGCAGGCCGAGAGCCCCGAGGAGGAGAAGGGGCUGCAGGAGCUGGCCGAGGAGAUAGAGGUGCUGGCGGCCAACAUCGACUACAUCAACGACAGCAUCACCGACUGCCAGGCCACCAUCGUGCAGCUGGAGGAGACCAAGGAGGAGCUGGACUCGACAGACACAUCGGUGGUCAUCAGCUCCUGCUCCUUGGCUGAAGCCCGCCUCCUGCUGGACAACUUUCUCAAGGCAUCCAUUGACAAGGGGCUGCAAGUGGCACAGAAGGAGGCCCAGAUCCGGCUGCUGGAGGGACGGCUGAGGCAGACAGACAUGACCGGCUCCUCCCAGAACCACCUGCUCCUGGACGCCCUGCGCGAGAAGGCUGAGGCGCACCCCGAGCUGCAGGCCCUCAUCUACAAUGUGCAGCAGGGUAUGGGGGUGUGGACAUCAUCCUCACAGGCCCUAGCACUCCCGGGCUUCCCAGAGAAUGGCUACGCCAGCACAGAUGAGGAGAUCUCAGAAUUCUCUGAGGGGAGCUUCUCCCAGUCAUUCACCAUGAAAGGCUCCACCAGCCAUGAUGAUUUCAAGUUCAAGCUGGGAUGGAGGAGCCAAGACGAGUCUAGCCUGGAACUGGGGAGUGCCCAGGGGGAGCCCAAGCUGUCUGCCCAAAUGAAGGCUGUUUCGGCUGAGUGCCUGGGUCCCCCACUGGACAUCUCCACCAAAAACAUCACCAAGUCCCUGGCCUCCCUUGUCGAGAUCAAAGAGGAUGCAGUGGGCUUCUCCAUCCGAGACUCCUAUUACCGGGACAAGGUCUCCCGCACCAUCAGCCUGCCCACUAGAGGCAGCACCUUCCCCCGGCAGUCUCGCGGCACAGAGACGUCCCCUCUGACCCGCAGGAAGUCCUAUGACCGAGGGCAGCCCAUUAGGUCCACGGAUGUGGGAUUCACGCCCCCCUCAUCCCCUCCCACUCGGCCCCGCAACGACCGCAACGUCUUCUCUCGUCUCACCAGUAAUCAGAGCCAGGGGUCGGCGCUGGACAAGUCUGAUGACAGCGACUCCUCUUUGUCGGAGGUCCUGAGGGGCAUCAUCACCCCCGUUGGAGGAGCCAAAGGUGCACGGACAGCCCCACUGCAGUGUGUCUCCAUGGCCGAGGGCCACACCAAGCCAAUCCUCUGCCUGGACGCCACGGAUGAGCUGCUUUUCACAGGCUCCAAAGACCGAAGCUGUAAGAUGUGGAACUUGGUGACAGGGCAAGAGAUCGUGGCUCUAAAGGGCCACCCCAACAACGUGGUGUCCAUCAAGUACUGCAGCCACUCGGGGCUAGUGUUCUCCGUGUCCACCUCCUAUAUCAAGGUGUGGGACAUCCGGGACUCAGCCAAGUGCAUCCGCACGCUCACGUCCUCAGGCCAGGUGAUCUCAGGUGAUGCCUGUGCUGCCACGACCACCCGCGCCAUCACCAGUGCUCAGGGGGAGCACCAGAUCAACCAGAUCGCCCUCAGCCCCUCGGGCACCAUGUUGUAUGCUGCCUCAGGCAACGCCGUCCGCAUCUGGGAGCUCAGCAGGUUCCAGCCCAUUGGCAAGCUGACCGGCCACAUCGGCCCUGUGAUGUGCCUCACAGUCAGCCAGACCUCCAGCCACCAUGACCUCGUGGUGACCGGCUCCAAGGACCACUACGUUAAGACGUUUGAGCUGGGCGAGUGUGUGAUGGGCACCGUGGGCCCUACCCACAACUUCGAGCCACCGCACUAUGACGGCAUUGAGUGUCUUGCCAUCCAGGGAGACAUCCUGUUCAGUGGCUCCCGAGACAAUGGCAUCAAGAAGUGGGACCUGGAGCAGCAGGAGCUCAUCCAGCAAAUCCCAAAUGCACACAAGGACUGGGUGUGCGCUCUGGCCUUCGUCCCAGGCCGUCCCAUGCUGCUGAGUGCCUGCCGUGCGGGUGUCAUCAAGGUCUGGAAUGUGGACAACUUCACGCCCAUUGGUGAGAUCAAGGGCCACGACAGCCCCAUCAACGCCAUCUGCACCAACACCAAGCACAUCUUCACAGCCUCCAGUGACCUGACGGUGAAGUUCUGGAGUGUACGGCGCUUACCCGGUGGCCCACCCUAGGAGUGAGGUCCGAGGGAUGCCCCCAACCCUCGACAGCGUGGACUGCACAGAAGGGAAGCCGUGGUCUGGGCCGGACAGGGCCAGCUGCCUGGGGACAGAGGGUGUGGGCCUGGGUGUGGCCCCCUUUCCUCCUCUCCCUCUGCUUUCCCACAGGAUGCUGCUCCCUCAGACCCUCCCCUGCCUGUGGGGGCCUUUUUGGGAGAGAGGUCAGAAAAGAAAUUAAGCUGUGAAGCCAAAGGGCAUUUUUCCCCCCUCCUUUCUCUCCUAGCAGGCCCUCAGCCUCCCUCCCUGACUGGCCCCAUUUUCUCCUGUUGAGCUGGCCCUGCCCCAUCCUUGAGGCCUUUGGCCCGGCUCUGAGGGGACAGUUGGGGCUGGCACCGGGGGGAGGUGGAGCAGCCCCAACCCCCAUUAUGCAGUCCGGUGAGCUGGCCUCCCUUCUUCCCUCUCAGCCCAGCCUUUAGAGCCACUGCACCUGCCUCUGAGCCCACAGACAGCCCUCAGGUAACCAUAGAAACCAGGUGCGAGCGCUGGGCCCUGCAGCUGACCCCCACCCCUAAGCCUCCAACAGCCAGUCCCAUAUGGCCCCAGCCAUUCCUUGGGGUCGCAGGCUUCGUUUUCUGAUGGGGCCAAGGUGGAACCGCUAGGAAGAUUCCUUUGGAAGAGACGGUCAGAAAUAUGUCAGUUAUUUAAUUUAUUGUUUUUAUUUUUUCCUUUUGCCUCCUGGAAACUGACUUGAAGUUUCUUCCCACAUGUUCUUUCCCUCAGCUCUUGGGGGCCAGGACCCCCAAGACCCUCCUGUGCCACCUCCAUUUGCCCUGCAGAGGAGGGAGGCACCCCUUCUGACUCUUCGCAGCUCUGGCCUAUCCCUGACAUUGCCCCUGGGCCCCUCUAGUGCACCCCUGGCCUCCAGGCCGCCUGAAGCUUCAGUGCCUUCCUUCGUCCCGGGGCCUGCACCCAUGCUGGGCAGCCUUACACCAGCCAUGCCCGCGGGGCCACAUGUGUCUUCUCACUCUCGGGGUCUCGUGCCUGCCACCACCACCACCACCACCCCCCGCCAGAAGGUGGGGGUUCCACCCCUCAGUUCAGAGCCCUCACCAGCGUCACGUAGAAGCAGCUUGUUGUACUGUGUCUGUAGGAAGAGGCUUGGGGUGGGGAGGGCACCCUGCCACCCUGUCUCCCCCACCCUUCUUCCCAGCCCACCCUUAACUGGGACAGAGUUUUUAACCCAAUGCAGCACAAUUGUCCCACCAGCUUCUUUAUCUCUGAUUAUUCAGGAGGCACGGUUUUCAAGGCUUAAAACAGGCAUGGGGCAAGGGGCCCUCCCUGUUAGAAGAGGGGAUUAAUUGAGUUUCUCUUUCCUCUCGGGCUGUGGACUCACAGGCCAGGAGGUGCUGUUCUUAAAUUGGUGUUUGUGAACCUCCUGUUGGGGGAAUUGUGAGUUUGCAGCACUGGGUCCCCAGCCUGUCCACACUUGGCUUUUCCAUUGCUUAACUGGUCUUGUGCUUCCCGGCCUCAGCCUGGGAGCCAGGAACCCCAACUCCGUUCAGAGGACACGGUAGGUGACCUUUGGCCCUUCUAGAGGUGGAUCUGGGUUUCUGUCCUUGGCUAAUCUCCCUCUUGGGCCAGGGCAAGUUGUGUCAGCUCUGUGUGGCCCCAGUGUGGAGGGGUCUGGCCCCAUGGCGCAGGCCCAGGAGGUCGUCCUGGCUGUGAAAGGAAAGAUACCUGCCCUGCCUCCCCUGUGCCCUCCUGGAGCCGCCCCUGAGGCCACAAAGGCUGUCCUGCUGUGGGUGGCCCUGCUGGAAGUGGUGUUGAAGGAGUUGGUUUAUAGGAAGGACACCUCCUGGAAUGCUGGUCUCCUGGACCGUGGGACAGUUUGGGAUGGCGGAAACCCCUCUUCCUCGGCCAUCCCAGGGCUGCUGGGAAACCCCCUUAGCUACCCCAAAAGUGAGCACAAGUCUCUUCCCCAUCCUCAUCCCUCUCCACCUGAACAGAAGGCUUUGAACUUGCAACCUAUAGGAAGAAAUCCGUUAGCAUGACUGUUUACAAACUGUAGAAACACGUCAGACUUUUGCGCUCCCCUCACAGGCUGGGGGCUCCCGGCUGGGGUGACACACUGUAGCCACAAGGCCUGCUCUUGAGCCAGGUGUGACCUGUGGCCCCGUGGGAGGUGCCCACCGCCAUUGCCCGCUCUCAGCUCUUCUGACGGGCCAGCUACCUCAUGACGGGGCCAGCUCUGCUGUUCAGUGAGCAUCACCGACUGGGAAACUUGAAGUCCUCGGCAGCCCUGAGCCCACUGUCCCUGCACGCUCUGAGCUGUGCUCCAAGAGCGCUGGAGUCUCUACCCCUUCUUUCAGGGAUGUCCAAGGUACAUGGCUAGGGGGCAGGCCCCCACUCCACUCAUUGCACAAACAUCGUAGGUGUUGGAAGCACAAAAUGGUUGUGAUUUGAGCACAAUGGCAGGGCUUGCAGCAGGCAGUCUGGGCAGGUUCUGUCCAGUUAGACAAGAUGUCUGGGAGGGCCUGCUGGAGGGCCUGGCCCGCAGUUUGUCCUAAUUCUGGGACUUGUCAUACUGCUUCUUACCCUUCCGUGCCCAUCCUUAGACUCAAGGCUGGGUCACAUCUGUACACUAUGGGCCCAGGAAUUGAGUCGUCUCUAGACCCCACACCCUAGGUCUUUAAAUGCCUGGAGCCCAGGCUGGACCCCAGCCCUCAGAACAAUAUAUCCUUGUUGAGCCUAAAGAGUUUGGCCAGGGUGCCUGUCUCCCAGGCCAAGCCCUCUGAAUACUUUGUAAGCCGAUUGGCAAGCCCCCUGGAUAGAAGGUAUCCUCAUGCCCUGCCCUUCUAGCACAGUCCUGUACCAGAACCCCAUUCUCAGUGUUAACCAGGUCAGUGUUGGCCUUUCUUUGAGUGAUUGACUCUGCCAUGGCAGUGUGAAUUCUCUGUAGUCACACCUUUGGAGUUGCUUCUAGAGAUUGUUAAGGAAGGAGGAAAGGCUAAGUGGCUGGCGCUGGCACGCCCAAGCCUUUGAGGUGGUCAGGGUGCCACCUUCUGCUCUUGGGAAGGAACAGCUGUGGACUGGGAGUAGUCUCCUGUCUACCCAGCCUCGCCCCAGCUUCAGCCUAGGAAACCCUCCACCCCAAGUUGUCCAUCCCUGCUUCUGGCCUGGAGCUGUGUGGCUUGGGCAAAGGGCAGUUUAAGCACAGCCACCAUGGGGAAGACAUGGAAUAGCAGGACUUUCUCAUGCUGCCUGAUGUGGUGGCACCACUGGCAGGCAGCUGCUGUGAGGUCAGGAGACAUAAUGCCCCUUGGCCUUGCUCUUGUCCAUGCAUAGGGACUGGCCAACUCUGGGGCAACCCCAGAUGCCGUCUAAACUGGGUGUAGGCACAGUUUCCUUGGUUGUUCAAACCCAGCCUGGGCCUGGUGUGUUUACCAUUGCGUGUGUGGGCUUGGCCUGCCUGGCAGGAGGGGUGAGCUCCUCCCCAUU